AUGGCCGAACUUCGUGAACAACUUUCAGAAUUUAUAGGUUUCAAACCUGAUGAGAUUCAUUUUCCAGAAACAGAGAGAGACCAACAACUAUUUCGAAAAAUUAUUGCAGAUCAAAGAAUGGCAACAAAUAUUGUGAUAGAUGAUUUUCAUUUCUUGCUCCAAUAUGAAAAGGUUUUGUUAAAUAACCCUCAUGAUAUUACUAAUAAAAUCAUAAGGCAUCUCCAAUAUAAAUUCAAAGAUAUUCCAUUGGCACCUAUAGUAAGGUAUCCCAAUAUCCCAUCGCAAUUGGAUUCAGA